AUGGCGAACACCAACACUUUCGAGCUGCGCAUCGUUCUGGAAAACGAGGCCUACUUUUCAUACCAGGACCCCUCUGAAGCGCUUCGUCAACCUUUUGAACGGAUAGAGUCUUUGCAUCUGGACGACGAAACCUCCGUCGGUGUUGGUGACGAAGGCAACCAGACCGAGGGCUCUGGCCAGGACGAGGGUCCAUCGUCGAAUUGGUUUGAGCCGAAUGUGGUGGGAAACGAAGACACAAACGCAGGAAGUGGCGACGAAGAGUGGAAGGUUAACGGCGACUUUUUCAUGAGUGGAUAA